GUCAAGUAGCAGAAUUCCUCUGGCGCACUUCCUCAACCAUCCCGGUCAGUAGCGCUCGCAAUUGUGUCUUCACCACGUGAAAAUGGUCCUCUGUGCAGUCUCUCAGCGUGUCGCCACGCACUAUCGCCACCUCAGGCACUCCUUUUCAGCAUCCCGCAUCCUCAUCGCACACUACUCUACACAGCGGAAAGCUGGAAAAGUGUAUGAGAGCGCCGCGGACGCUGUCCACGACAUCAAGGACGGAGCAAAGCUACUGGUGGGCGGCUUCGGUCUGUGCGGCAUUCCUGAGAAUCUCAUUGCUGCCCUGCUCAAGCACGAGGCCACCAAUUUCACGGUGGUGUCCAACAAUGCCGGAGUGGACAAUUUUGGCUUAGGACUUCUGCUCCAGAAGCGCAAAAUCCGGCGGAUGAUCGCCUCUUACGUCGGUGAGAAUGGAGAAUUUGAAAAGCAGUACCUGUCAGGCGAUUUGGAGGUGGAACUCACGCCUCAGGGAACUUUGGCUGAAAGGAUCCGUGCAGGAGGAGCUGGAAUCCCUGCCUUUUUCACACCAACCGCCUACGGAACGCUGAUCCACGAAGGGGGCUCUCCGAUCAAGUAUACGAAAGACAAGAAGGUGGAGAUUGCUAGUCAACCGAGAUUUUCCCAGAACUUCAACGGGAAACCCUACAUCAUGGAAGAGGCUAUAACGGGCGAUUUCGCACUCAUUAAAGGCUACAAAGCGGAUGAGAUGGGAAACCUCAUAUUCAACAAGUCCGCGAGGAAUUUCAACGCGCCCAUGUGCAAGGCUGCGAAGAUUACCAUUGCCGAGGUGGAGGAAAUUGUCCCCGUGGGUUCUCUUACACCGGAAAAUAUCCAUAUUCCUGGCAUCUUUGUGCAUCGCAUCGUCAAAGGGCCGUCCUUUGAGAAGCGCAUUGAGAAGUUGAAGGUGCGCUCUGAGAAAGCCUCAGUAGUGGCUUCAACUCCGGCGGCAAAGAAUCGCGAGCGGAUUGCCAGGAGAGUGGCACUUGAAUUCCGCGAUGGGAUGUUCGUCAAUUUGGGCAUUGGAAUCCCCGUGCUGUCCUCAAAUUACAUCCCCAAGGGUGUCAAUGUGAUGCUGCAAUCGGAAAAUGGGAUCCUCGGUCUCGGUCCAUUUCCCACGAAGGAUCAAAUUGAUGCGGAUCUGAUCAACGCUGGCAAGGAGACAGUGACUGUAGUGCCGGGAGCUUCUUACUUCGGCUCAGACGACAGCUUUGCCAUGAUUCGUGGCGGACACAUUGAUAUCACCGUUCUCGGUGCCAUGGAAGUGUCUCAAAACGGAGAUCUUGCCAAUUGGAUGAUUCCUGGGAAGCUUGUGAAGGGAAUGGGAGGUGCCAUGGAUCUUGUGGCGGCACCAGGAACCAAGACUAUUGUUACGAUGGAGCACACAGCCAAGGAUGGCUCGCACAAGAUCCUUAGCAAGUGCAAUUUGCCACUCACUGGAAAGAACUGCGUUGAUAUGAUCAUCACGGAAAAGUGUGUAUUCACUGUGGACGCAGAACGAGGACUCACGCUCAUCGAAUUGGCUGAUGGAGUGACUGUGGAGGAUAUUGUGUCAUCCACGGGAGCGGAAUUCCAGGUGUCGGACAAUCUGCAGGGCAUGGGACAAGUUGAGGCGUGAAAAAGCAUUUCCCCCCCUUGAGUCUCUCCAAAAUGUACAUUUCUAUUGCUUUUUUUGACUCAGUGAAUGUAAUAAAGCACUCAUUUUUAAAGACAGUGA